AUGUCGAAUUUCUCGCCAUAUUCGAACGUAAAAUGCGAACCGCAGCCGUCAACGAGCACAGCCAAUGAGACACCAUUACCACUGAGCUCACCAUGUCAUCCAUCACCGGCAUUAGCUCGUUCAGUACCGUCGUCUCAGGAAGCAACUUCGCCGUCAGAAACCGCUGGCAAAGAUUUUGUGUUUUUUACAACAGAGUUAGCAAACCAGGCUGCACUGGAUUUUGAAAAAGAGCGUUUUGACAGCCUUUUGGAAUGGCAUAUAAAGUAUCGUAAACGUAAAGAAGCCGAACGAAAUGCUGAUGAUGUGGUGUCGGAAAAACCCUCCAGUUCAGUUUCAGCGGAGUCGACUCCGAUCGAGACAUCCGAGAGGAAGGCGGAGAAGAGAAAGGCCGAGAGCGAUCCUGAAGAUCAGGCCUCUAAAAAGCCUACCUAUAUGGAUCUGAGUGCCCCGGAUGCUUCUGCUAAAAAGGUUGAAGAGACGCCGUUGAGGAGAAUGGAAAUGAUGACAAACUCUUCGGCAUUUAGCACAUCGUCAAGUAUAAAUGAUGUAGUAGAGGCGCCUACAAAUGGGGUCUGUAAAAAGGACGAGCGAUCGGUGAAGCUGGAGAAGCUAGGUGAGAUGGAACGGCAAGUUGAAGCUGAGAGGUUGCGUAUUGAAUGGGAAAAGGAGGUGCAAGCGCACGAGAUGAAGAAACUUAUGAAUAGUCAAGGAGUUUCACCGUAUCCUUCCCCAAUGUACCCUCGGGGUCCGGCGCAGGGUCCGUAUCCGAUGGGUCCUUACCCAACUCGGUAUCCUCCUGGUUCUGCGCCGUAUCCGAUGGGAAGCAUGGCAUAUCCACAAGGUUAUCCCAAUGGAACAACUGCCUUUCCUCCAGGUUACCCCAUGUCGGCUCCUGGUAAAUCUCAGAUCCCAUCUCCUGCGUAUAUUGGAGAUCCUAUGUCGUUCAAAGGAGCUGCUCCCCCUCCAGGAAUGAGUCCACAUCACCCGAUGUAUGCCCACAUGAUGGCUGCAAGAGCAUCUGCGGGCAUGCAGUCUCCUGUGCCCGGACCAGGAUAUCCAGGUGACCCCAGUCGAUUAGGCUUUCCAAUGCAAGGACACUCACCUUCAGCUAGUCCGUUCUAUCCAGGCCCCUUCCCUCCGCAUCCGUAUGCGCAAAUGCCGUAUGGACAUCCAGGAAUGUCAAAGGGAAUGGUACCACCCCCGCCGUAUCCAUUUCCGCCGGGUGGAAUGAUGCCAACUGGCCCAGGAAUGCCGUCCAACCCAGGAAUGAUGAGAAGCGAUGCGAUGGGAUGGCAAGGAGGUGCGCCACCAAACUAUCCGCCAUCGUUCCCUACCGUUCCUGGUGGACCCACUCCGCCAAUACCAUGUCAGCAUUUAACGCCACCGAAACAGGGUUUAGCCGUCUAG